CCCCGCCCUCCGGCGCGUGCGCGGCGGGAGCAGCCCGAGGAAGCGCGCGGGCCGCGGCGGCGGGUGGCCGCGGAGCACUACAGUCUUUCCUCCCAUCCCCUCACGGCCGCCGCCAUGGUGCUGGAGAGCCUGGCCCGCAUCAUCAAGGUCCAGCUGCCCGCGUACCUCAAGCGCCUGCCGCUGCCCGAGAGCGUCGGCGGCUUCAUCCGCCUCACAGUUUCAGAAUGGCUGCGGUUAUUGCCUUUCCUGGGCGUGCUGGCCUUGCUCGGUUACCUCGCUGUUCGUCCGUUCCUCCCCAAGAAGAAACAGCAAAAGGAUAGCUUGAUUAACCUCAAGAUCCAGAAGGAAAAUCCAAAAGUAGUGAAUGAAAUAAACAUUGAAGAUCUGUGCCUCACUAAAGCUUACUGCAGAUGUUGGCGUUCUAAAACGUUCCCUGUCUGUGAUGGCUCCCACAACAAGCACAAUGAAUUAACAGGAGAUAAUGUAGGUCCACUAAUACUCAAGAAGAAAGAAGUAUAGCAGAUGCUUAAUCCAGUAGAUCAUGACUGAUAAAAAGUCUUUUUAUACUGUUGUAGUUGCAAGGGACAGCAUUUUAUUAUGUGAUUGGUAUGAUUUAGUCUAAUGAUUGCUGUAGAUUUCUUUUUGGAAUAAACUGCAUUUAGACAGUGGUAAAUCUGUCACUGUUUUGAUACUUUAUUCUGAGAAGAAUUAUAUCUGCUUUGUAAAACUGUAAAGUAACUAUCCUUGUAAAUAAGUCGUUUAUUUCAACAGUAAAAUGACUUCCUACAAUUAAGCCUUUUUUGUGUGAGCAUUCAAUUAUAAAGCUGUCACUAUUUCCAAGUGACAGAAGUGCAUCUUUCUGUUGAUUUUGUUCUGCUGAGAAACCAUGUUUUAUUCUGCUUUUCAGGAACAAAUUUAAGUGCAUUUAAGUCGGGGAGAGAAAAGAUGCUAAAUUCAUCCUUUGUGAACAUACCUAAGUGUACCACUGAGGGCAGGCAAAAUAGCGAUGUUAAGUUACGCUAGGUGCAGGUCUGGCCUGUGCAGUGCCUAAGUGGGCAGCUUGUUAGUCUCAUGCAAAGCAGCCCAGCUUAGACAAACCCCACACAGCUGGAAAGUCUCAUACAGCAUCCUAGGUGGAGUGCUGCAGGUCCAGACCAUGUAAACUAUUGAGCAGGUCGGCCACUAACAUCCCUUUAUUUUGGGCCCCUGUGUUGAUCAUUUAUAGCUCUUGUAAGGAAACACAAAUGUGCUUCUAGCAAGUUCACUUGCACUGUAGCUGCCGCUUUUUGUAGCGGUAACUUUCAUAGGAGGAAUUGAUUAAAUGACAGAACCAAGAAAGCAGAGCUGACUCUAUUCUUGGCUUGUUACCCAUUCAGAAUGGUUAUUUGGGCAAGUCAGAACUUUGCUGUGGGAUGGCUUAAUUUCAGAUGCAGGUAAAUAAUUGCUACUAACUGCUGGACUUCUACUUAAUUCUUCUAAAGUGCUUUAUUCUCCACUGAAAGUCUGUAUCCAUCAGUUUAAAAAUAAAAAAUUUGAUCCAUGCUAGAAUUUUAGGCAAUUGUACUAAGGCAGAUUUCAACUGUUCCUUACCAGUGUUUUAUUUGACCCGUUGUUAGGCAGGUGAGAAGCCCCGGAGCGGUGUGCCAUUGCCAAAGCUGAUCACCGCAGUGCUGAAACAGUAAGCAAGUCAGAAAGCAGUUCUCACAUAAUGGCUCUUGCAGCAGCAGUAGAACUAAGGUAGAUCAUUCCUCCUGCAUUUGUAACAGUUGUAGUUUUGGGUACCUAAACCUCUUGCCUUGCAGCAAAAGAUGGCAGAUUAGGAUGUGAUUGUAUGGUAAAAGCCUGCUCUUACAAAGCGUGUAACAGAACCAGGGUGCAAUCUUUAAUGUUUAAAUGCUUCUUAGUGGUCUUACCUUAAUGGAUGAGCAAACCAUAGGCAUAUUAGGAUAUAACAUUUAUAAUAAAGGAAAAUCCAUAAUGUUACUCAGUUUUCACUUACAGAUGCUGUAUAUUGAACACCAAGCCCCAAGUCUUGGGUUUGGUGAAGAAAUUACUAUGUGAAGUGCAAAAGCCUGUCUUUAGACUUU